AUGGUCACCUCGUUCUACUACGCGUUCGCCAAUUUAUUCGACAGGCAACAUACGCACGCACAAUCUCUAAUGAAUGGAGACGUCCGGCACUGGAAAGAAAUCCUUCAGACUGCCACUUUCUUCUUCUACAACAGCAAUCCAUACAUUCAGUUUGCGAUGCCUCGUCUGGAAAAAUCCGUUGAAAUAGGAAGAUUCACUAUUGAAGAUUCCAAAAGUGAGAAGGUCGAUGGAGAAUACGAUGAAAUUCUGAAUCUUCGAAACUCUACAGUACUCAUCUCUUUCGGAACCGUCGUCUUGUCAUCCGACAUGCCGGAUAGUUUCAAGUGGGUUCCAAUAUUCGGUGACCAGUUGAUCAAUGCGAAGAUGUUGAGUCGCCAUGGUGGAUCCAUCGCCUUCAAUAAAUAUAAACUGGAAAAUUCUGAAGAGUUGAGCCAAGUCAUUCGAGAAGCUCUGUGUUCCUCAGCUAUCCGCUCCAGUGCUCAACGUCUUGCCGAAAUCCUCAGAAACCAGCCAGUCGAUCCGAAAACAAAUCUUCUUCGACAUGCGGAAUUUUCCGCAAAAUUCGGAAGAGUCGAAUCAUUGCAACCCUAUAAUGUACAUUACAAUAUUGUUCAGUUUUAUAUGCUAGAUGGCUAUGUAAUUAUUAUCAUGUUCAUAUCUUUAUUGGUUUAUAUUAGUUAUCUGUCGUUUCGAAUGGAGAUAUCUAAUGGUGAUGGAGGAGAAGAGACGCAAAACGAUAGUAGAAACUCAAUUCUGGGAGAAACCGCUGGAACGUCGAAACCAGAAGCAGACGUUGAAACGGAGGAGAUGGUUGUUGAAGCCGUUGUGAAUAUAGGAGUCGUGGAAACUUCUGCGAUAAAGCAAAAGCCCAAUAACAAGAAGAAGCGGAAACGGAGCUCUUCAGAAGACAGUUCACUUCCAGAAGCUGAGGCUAGAGGCGCAGAGGAUGGAGUAAACGCACCACUAUCAAAUGUGAAUAAGGAGAUCAACGUGGGACCCGAGUAUCAAGCGAAAAUCGUUGAAGACUUCAAUGAUCUCAACUACAUGGAUGGUCCAGACACCGAGGAAGUGCUCAUUUGGGAGGCUUCAAAUGAAACCCUAGAAAAGGAGAAGCUGAGGAAUUGGGUCACCGAAACAUCAGCUCGAUUUUUGAUUCCAACUGAAGCCGUUCUCUUCCUUCUAAAGUUCAAAAAAUUCAAUUACGAUGAAGCCUAUAAGCUGAUCUCUACUCGUCCGGAAAUCAACGAAACUUGGUCAGAAGAAGAAAGUCUGAUUUUCGAACGAUGCUUCAGUAACUUUGGAAAGAACUUCUCGUCGAUUCAUAGCGGCGUCCUCUUGUAUAAGCUUCAAAUAUCUUUUCAGCUAUGCCACCGCUCGAUUCGUUCUAUUGUCAAACACUACUACAGUUCGAAGAAAUGGAUCAAGUACAAGCAGUUCUCCAGCUCGAAACACAACGAUAGUAGAUACGACGACGAUGAAGCUAAACGCAUCAUUCCGCCCGCAUCAUUUUUUGUGGACAUGUGUGAAAAUUGUGGUCAGCGAGCGGAGAACAUGGAGCUCGUUCAACGUUCUGGAAAAACGCCACGUGGCGAGUGCCGUCCCUGUGUGAUUUACUACCGAAAGAUGGGUGUUCCACGACCCACAAACCUUCGGAUGACUCUCUCUGAACGUCUGUACAAGGAAAUAAGGUGUCCGAAUGCAUACCGUAUGUAUAUGAAAGACUUUGAACGAAUGAUGGAGCCGGCGAACGGAGAGACGCUCAUACGACGAAAAAUGGGAAAGAGCCAAACUGUAGAAGAUAUCAUUGGACCUUGCGACUACUACUGUCCCUCACCGAAUCCUCGAAACCAGAACGGGAAUUCUAAUGGGACUUGUACGCCAUUAACUUCAAAUGAGGCUGCAGCAGUAGGAACGCCUCCAGUGAAGGAAGCCAAACCUGAAGAGUUAGUGGACUCGGCUGGUGUCCAAAAUGGGUCCGAACAAUCUGUCGAGGAGCUAGUUUCCAUGGAGAUCUCCGAGCAACCACCAGCUAGAAAAAUGUCUUCUGCAGCCAUAGAAAUUCAGGAAUAUCUCGCUGAGACACGCGAAAUUUUAGCUGUAAGCGAACCAGAAAGUGUCCAGAAGCCAGAAGACGUUACUGUGGACCCAACCCCAGAAUCCAAUCCACCAGAAACAUCUCAACCACUUGCCAGCUUACCAGUGAACAUCUGGUGCCGGAAGAAGACGUUGUGUCAGGAGGAGAUUGAAGUGCUCGCCGAGGAUGGUCGUCGCAAAAUGUACGACGCGGUUCAGUUGGCAAGUCGAGUGAAUCAGAAGGACGUAGAAUCUAUGAAAACUGAAAUGUCAGCGAUGAGGAAUCGAAUGGAACGGAUGAGAGCCGAUGUGGAUUUGACGCCGUCAUUUGUUCGAAACAAUAAUAAGAUGACGUACGAUGGAACUUGGUCCGAUAGGGAUCAGACAGACGUCGUGAGAUUAUUCAAAUGGUACGGACUGCAGUUCAAGCAGAUUGGCGACAUACUGGGAACGAAAUCCGCUCAGCACGUUCGCGAUUAUUAUCGUGCGAAUAAGGCAAUCAUUGAUUCGUGCAUCGCCGAGCACAAGGAAAUGAUGUGUAUGAAAGUGGCAUGUUACGAGGAGAGUCGGAAGCAGAAGGAGCAAAUCUAG